ACAGAUGAGAGUUCACAAGAUGCGCGUCGGAUGAGGGAUGCAGACGCGGCCAGCGGCUUGGAGAUGGGGUCCAGGGACUGCCGUCGGGCCAGCGCCGGGCCGGUUUGGAGGUGUCUAGGGUCAGCAGGGCUCUAAUGUGAUCAAGAUGGAGCCUGUCUUCUGCUGCUGCAGCUCUGGGUUCGGGAAGCCGGGCGGAUUCCGACCCGGAGGAAAGCGGUAGGCGCCGCGGUGGAGGCGGCUGGGACUCCGGCGGUGAAAUGGCGAAGCUCACGGUGUGAGAAUUCGAAGUAGCCGCUCAUCGGGACCCAUCUCCUCCCGCCCCACGCGGACGGCAUCCCUCUGGCUGGGGUUCAACUGCCAUGACAUGUCUGCAGCUAUCAGAAAGAGGAGCUGGGAGGAGCACGUCGGGGGGCAGCCUCCGCGUUCCGGAGAUGGUGGCACCGCCUGCCGUCAUGGACUCGUAGCCGACGGCGCGCGGGGAGGCAUGGAGGGGGGCGCAGCUGCAGAUGUGGACGGCACGGAGACGCUGGUCCCCGUCCCUGACGAGGACGCCGAUCCUGAGCCGCGCCUUCCAGGUGAUGAGCAAAUGCUAACGACCGAAGGACCUAACGUACUAAGCCGAGAGGGCGUCCCUGCUAACGCCCGGGGAGCGGCCGGGGAGUCCGGCCCAGCGCCGGGGGAGAGGGCGGGGACAGCGCGACCGUCUACACUGCACGCGAAGGCCCGGGGCUUCGCCAUCGAGGGAGCGCAAGGCUGGCUUCCCCCGACGUCGAAGCCCCGGCCUCGCCGGCGUCGGCGGGGAGGAGGGCGGGCCGUGCCCGCGCUGCGCGAGGCCCUCCCCGGCCGCCCGGGAGCCCGCCCGGAGCCCGUCCGACUGCGCGAGAAGAAGGAAAUAAGACACGAUCGAGAUAAGGCCAGGCUGGACUCCAUGGUGCUGCUCAUUAUGAAACUGGACCAACUUGACCAGGACAUUGAAAAUGCCCUGAGCGCCAGCUCGACUCCCUCCGGCACCCCCACGAACCUGCGGCGCCUGGCUCCUGAUCUGGAAUCAGGAUCUGAGAGCGGAGCAGAUACUAUUUCAGUCAACCAGACCCACGGAAACUUGCCUCCUAAUACUGGAUCGACUGAUACAUCACCUGCCACAACAGUGUCCAGUUCUGGAACGAAACCCAAGGCAACGGCUGUUCCAAGUUUUCCAGAUAAGGAAAAGGCUGAAAUCGAGGCCAAGGAAGCUUGCGACUGGCUGCGGGCAACGGGUUUUCCCCAGUAUGCACAGCUUUAUGAAGAUCUCCUGUUUCCCAUUGAUAUUACCUUGGUCAAAAGAGAGCAUGACUUUCUGGACAGAGAUGCCAUUGAGGCUUUAUGCAGGCGCCUGAAUACUUUAAACAAAUGUGCCGUGAUGAAGCUAGAAAUUAGCCCUCAUCGGAAGAGAAGCGAGGACUCGGACGAGGACGAGCCGUGCGCCAUCAGCGGCCGGUGGACGUUCCAGCGGGACAGCCAGCGCUGGUCCCGGCUGGAGGAGCUGGAUGUCUUCGCCCCCGGGCCGGCGUCCCCGGGCGGCGGGGAGGGACCGUGCGCCCCGGGCACCCUGGGCGGCCCGCGCGGCGCGGGGCCCCAGCCCGGGGACGCCGGCCCGGCCCGCGGCCUCCCGGCCCCCGCCGAGCCCCCGGGCGCCCCGGGCCGCGGCGACAAGAGCACCAAGUCGCGGGCGCGGAGCCUGCUGAAGCGCAUGGAGAGCCUGCGGCUGCGGGGCGGCGGCCCCAAGGCGCGCGCGCGGCCCGGGCCGCUCAUCGGCGCGCCGGUGCUGCAGGAGGGCGCGGCGGCGCAGCAGCGGCAGCGGCAGCAGCAGCCCCUCCGAGGCCGGCGGCGCGCCCUCCCCGCCGGCCCGCGCGCGCGGCGCCCUCCACAAGCGCGGCGGCCUCUACCUGGAGGGCUUCGACCCCCUGGCGCCGCCCGGGCCCCCCGACGCCGCCCUCUUCCUCGUCCCCCGCGACCACAAGCCCGGCACCUUCCCCGCGCCCUGGCGCCCGGCGGCCCCGCCCGGCCCCGCCGCAGCUCCGCGGGCUCCGCCGGCAGCCGCCGCAGCGUCUACGACAACGUGCCGGGCCCGGGGCUCCUGGGCAGCGCCUGGGACCUGGCCGACCCCGAGGGCGAGGACGCCCUCCCCGCCUUCCCCGAGCUCGACGACAUCCUCUGCCACGUGAAGGGCGUGCAGCAGAUCGUCAACCAGUGGUCGGAGAAGUUCUCCGACGAGGGCGACUCGGACUCCGCCCUGGACUCCGUCUCCCCCUGCCCGUCCUCCCCGAAGCAGAGGCACCUGGACGGGGACCCCGACCAGACGACGCCCAGCGACCUGGACAGCACGGGCAACUCCCUCAACGAGCCCGAGGAGCCCGCCGACAUCCCCGAAAGGAGGGACUCCGGCGUGGGGGCCUCCCUGACCCGGUGUAACAGGCGCAGACUGCGGUGGCACAGUUUCCAGAGCUCUCACCGGCCGAGCCUGAACUCCGUAUCCCUGCAGAUCAACUGCCAGUCUGUGGCCCAGAUGAACCUACUGCAGAAAUACUCACUUCUGAAGCUGACGGCCCUGCUGGAGAAGUACACGCCUUCCAACAAGCACGGCUUCAGCUGGGCCGUGCCCAAGUUUAUGAAGCGGAUCAAAGUCCCCGACUACAAGGACCGGAGCGUGUUCGGGGUCCCCCUGACGGUGAACGUGCAGCGCUCGGGCCAGCCCCUGCCCCAGAGCAUCCAGAAGGCCAUGCGCUACCUCCGCAACCACUGCCUGGACCAGGUCGGGCUCUUCAGGAAGUCGGGCGUCAAGUCCCGGAUCCAGGCCCUGCGGCAGAUGAACGAAGGUGCUGCGGACGGUGUCACCUACGAGGGCCAGUCCGCUUACGACGUGGCCGACAUGCUCAAGCAGUACUUCCGAGACCUUCCCGAGCCCCUCAUGACCAACAAACUCUCGGAGACCUUUCUGCAGAUCUACCAGUACGUGCCCAAAGACCAGCGCCUGCAGGCGCUCAAGGCUGCCAUCAUGCUCCUGCCGGACGAGAACAGGGAGGUGCUCCAGACGCUGCUCUACUUCCUGAGCGACGUCACGGCCGCCGUGAAGGAGAACCAGAUGACGCCCACCAACCUGGCCGUGUGCUUGGCGCCUUCCCUGUUCCACCUCAACACCCUGAAGAGGGAGAACUCUUCCCCCAGGGUGAUGCAGAGGAAGCAGAGCUUGGGGAAGCCGGAUCAGAAAGAUCUGAAUGAGAACCUGGCGGCCACUCAGGGGCUGGCCCACAUGAUCGCGGAGUGCAAGAAGCUCUUCCAGGUUCCCGAGGAAAUGAACCGAUGUCGCAACUCCUACACCGAGCAGGAGCUGAAGCCCCUUACGCUGGAGGCGUUAGGACAGCUGAGUGAUGAGUCGGCGGACUACAAGCACUUCAUCCAGGACUGUGUCGAUGGCCUGUUUAAGGAGGUCAAGGAGAAGUUUAAAGGCUGGGUCAGCUACCCCACCUCGGAGCAGGCCGAGCUCUCCUAUAAGAAGGUGAGCGAGGGCCCCCCUCUCCGGCUUUGGAGGUCGACCAUUGAAGUCCCCGCCACCCCUGAGGAAGUCUUGACGCGGCUGCUGAAAGAGCAGCACCUCUGGGAUGUGGACCUGCUGGACUCCAAAGUGAUUGAAAUCCUGGACAGCCAGACGGAAAUCUACCAGUACGUCCAAAACAGCAUGGCGCCCCACCCUGCCCGGGACUAUGUGCUUCUGAGAACCUGGAGGAGUAAUUUACCGAAGGGCGCCUGCGCCCUCUUCCUCACGUCCGUGGAUCACGACCGGGCGCCCGUGGUGGGGGUGCGGGUCAACGUGCUCCUCUCCCGGUAUUUGAUUGAACCCUGCGGGCCAGGAAAAUCCAAACUCACCUACCUGUGCAGAGCCGACUUGAGGGGUCGCAUGCCGGAGUGGUACACCAAAUCCUUUGGCCAUUUGUGUGCAGCCGAAGUGGUGAAGAUUCGGGACUCCUUCAGUAAUCCAAACACCGACGCCAAGGACGGCAAAUCCAGGUGAUGGCCGAAGCAAAACAACAGUGCCACCCCCCCGUGUGACGGCGGCUGGAAGCUUGCCAGUCCUUGCCAGAGCUCACCUGUGGUGAUCCUGAAGCAGAGCAACCUGGGGUGUUCAGACGUGAACUGUAGCGCUUUGAUACAUUUUUUUAAAGCUGCUUACCGUUUGUUUAAGGUCUGUGUUAUAGACCGUGACUGGAAUAGAGGACUGUGCAAAAAAGAAAAAGUGCUUGUGUUCUUAUCCACAUUGCUUCUGAGAAGCAGAACUCUAAGUAGAUUAUGGACGGUGAUGAGGGAUCGGUUCUCGGUGGUGCCGCUGUCCGCGCCCCGUCGUGGACCGGUGCUGCGGUGCGUGGCGGAGCUGCCGACCCCGCCGUCGGCGUUGGCACUCCCGCAGGUGUGUCCCCGAGAGGGGCAAGGACAGGCUUGCACAGAGCACAGUGGGCGUGUGUCUGUCGCUGGUUGAGUGGCGUAGAUGGAAAUGCUGGAAGGCAGUGUCUGGCACACUGAAAUGGCUGCAAGAGAGACACUGAUACACCAGGACUGGUUCCACCUGGAAUCGCUGACUACCCCGCCCCCCCCCCCCAUAACUAGGAAGGUGACCAACCCCCUGUCCAUUUCCAGAAUAUUGUAGAUUGACCCUGGCACUCAUUUUAAUGCAACUUGGACUUAGGCCUAAUUGCAAAAAGUGAUGUCGUUUUAACUGGUAAGAUUAGCUCAGGAAUAAGUAUGCCAGUUCCCUUAUGCGCUCCAAAGCGGCGUUUCGUUUGUGUUUUUGUGUUUUUGAGUUAUGGGUCGGGCUUUGGUUUUGUCUCAGUACUGGAGCUUGAAGUCAGGGUUGAGCGCGGUUCCUUCGCCUUUCCCCACGCGGUCGGCACUCCACCCCCCAGCCACACACCUCCACUGGCAGCUUUUUGAUGGUUGAUUGCAGAUAACAGUCUCGCAGGAAUCUCCCGCCUGGAUCGGCUUCGAAGUGCGGUCCUCAGACCUCAGCUUCCUGAGUAGCGAGGGUGACGGGGCGAGCCGCUUUGCUUUAAGUGAGAUACAAAUACUGGACCUCUCCGCAUUUAACCCUGGAUCAAGCACCAGUCUUUUUUACCUGAUACAGUUCGUUGCAUCGUCAACAUAACAGAAACAUAGGAACAUAAGAAAACCGUACGUCCCUAAGAAAUCCCUGUAAUCUUAACUGAGACACAAAAUGCCUGUUUGUUUUGUUUUGUUUUGUUUGGGUAGGAGGGAAUUGAUUGGUAAAGGCGUUCCAAAGCAGAACAUAUUUAUGAAUGGGGUUUGGCUUUAUCACCAAAUAGAUUUUCUGUGGGGUUUAUUUUUCUUUUACCCAGUUUUUCUUUUCCCUCAGAAUGCCCUUAAAAUGUGUUUUAGUGGCAUUGAGAGCAGUGCUCAUAGUGGAGGGGAGGGGACUGCGUGAAAGGAAGGCCGCAGUUGUCUGGGAAGGGUAGUCUUUAUACAGGUUUUACUGUAAUGGCAAAGAGAGACAGUAUUAGUAAAUUUAUUUUAUAUGGAUCAAAAGUGAAUAAUGUAUGAAUGAGAGAAGGAUUUUUAUUUUGUUACAAUGUUAAGUUACCACUGUCAGUGUUAUUUCAAAGGUUCUUUGAAGAAUUGGGGGAACAGGGAUCAGAUGAGAGAUUUAACGUGUUUAGUAUUUUGACUAUCAGCAGUGUUGCUUGUGAAGCUAUUCCUGCCAUGUAUAUUCAAGUUUGACAGUUUCCACAUUUGUAAGAUUGUGUGUUGUAUAUACCAUUCUAUGAAGAUAUGUGUAUACAUGUCUGUCCAGUGUGCUUUCAGACGUAGAUAGAGCAUGAGAAAGAUUAUUAUUUAAAACAUACUUGUAUUUAUACCUCAGAUAUUCUUUUGGGUUUUGUACCUCAAGUCUCCCUUUCCCCCGUUGUAAAUACACUUUACAUGAAUACAGUCUAAGUGAAAAUAAAUAAAUGAAAGGAAGAGGUUUAUAAUUUGCUCUAUAUCUGUACAGAAUAUUACCCAGUAAGUGCACUAAAGUGAGGGGAAGGUCUCCCUGCUUUCCUUUGUGUAUUGCAUCUUUCUCCUAGUCUCAGGAUCACAGAUUGUAAAGAAUCCCAAAGCCAGCGCCCUGUGGGAGCAGGCCGGAGGUUUCCCGGCUGAAGGAAACCGUGGCUUGUGAAUCGCGGGCCGGCCGAGCUGCGC